GCGAUUACUAAUGAUGUUAGCGGUGCCUAGUAAGGAAGUAGAGUGGUGAUCACAGUCGAAAUACUGAAUUAUUAUUUAAAUUUAAAAAAAUAUGUCUGGCAGUUUCUAUUUUGUGGUUGUGGGUCAUCAUGAUAAUCCAGUCUUUGAGAUGGAAUUUCUUCCACCCGGAAAAAUAGAAUCUAAGGAUGACCAUCGACAUCUGAACCAGUUCAUAGCACAUGCUGCACUUGAUUUGGUUGAUGAAAACAUGUGGCUGUCUAACAACAUGUACCUCAAGACAGUAGACAAAUUCAACGAAUGGUUUGUUUCUGCUUUUGUAACUGCAGGACAUAUGAGAUUCAUAAUGUUGCAUGAUGUUCGUCAAGAAGACGGUAUCAAAAACUUCUUCAAUGAAGUGUAUGAUUUAUACAUGAAGUUUGCAAUGAACCCGUUCUAUGAAGCAAACUCUCCUAUUCGCUCAACUGCCUUCGACAGGAAAAUACAGUUUCUUGGGAAAAAACACCUGCUGAGCUGAGAGGAAACAGCAGAGUUAAUCUUUAACUAGUUGAUAUAUUCUAAUACUGAUUAUACUGCUUGGUUGAAGAAGUCAGCAAUGCAUAGUUAUCUAGCUACAGUGUAUUAAACACAAAUUUAAUGUCAAUAUUGUUUUAUUCAUAUUCAAUCAGGCAGUGCCACUUUAUCUUGACCUCCUGAAAGACCAGCUUUAUGGUUAAAGGGAUAGUCUAAACUAAAAUUGUUAUUGUUUAAAAAGAUAGAGAACGCCUUUACUACCCAUUCUCCAGCUUUGCACAACCAACAUUGUUAUAUUAAUAUUCUUUAUAACAGUUAAACCUCUACAUUUCUGCCUGUUUCUAAGCCACUACAGACAGCCUCUUAAUCGCAUGCUUUUUAUUUCCUUCUUACAAAAAGAGACUGCGAGUUCAUGUGGGCCAUAUAGAUAACAUUGUGCGCACUCCCAUUGGGGUUGUGCAGGGCACACCACUAAUUGGCUAAAAUGCAAGUUAACCCUUUUGUGACAGGGUUAAAGUGCCUACAUCGGAACAACUGUUCCGAUGUAGACAAAUUGAAAAUUGAAAAUAUGCACGAUCGCAAGAUUUCAAUUAUUGGAUCGCAUCUGGGGGGCGUCCCUACAAUCCUAGGAACGCCCUCCAGACCGCGAUUAAAUCCUUGAAGCACAGAAGGCUUCAGGAUAGCCGUUAGUUAUGACGUUCUAUUCCGUCAUAACGGCUUUAAAGCCCAGUCUAAUUAUGACGGAAUAGAACGGCAUAACGGCUUUAAAAGGUUAAUAGAUAUUUAAAUAAAUAAAUAGCCAUGUGAUAAGGGGGCAGUCUGCAGAGACUUAGAUACAAGGUAACCACGGAGGUAAAAAGUAUAUUAAUAUAACUGUGUUGGUUAGGCAAAACUGGGGAAUGGGUAAUAAAGGGAUUAACUAGCUUUUUAAACAAUAACAAUUUUGUAGUUGACUGUCAUUUUUUAGUUUGCUGUUUUGAAAGCUACAAAAGUAAGCCUCCAGUAGCCUAAAAAAUAUGGUUUGGUUCAGUUGUAAAUUGAUAUCAAGAAGCACUAUUCUAUAGCCCAUGUUUGUAUAUAGGCACAGUAACUUAUUGCAUUCAGUAUAGAACAGUAAUUCUAAUUGAAACGUUUGAUUUGUAAAUAUAAAAGCUUAUUAUUACUUAUGCAUCUUAAAUCUGUCUAGUGUGUAUGUGGGGUCAUUUAGCCUGUGUCAAUAGAAGUUUUAAUGAUUUUUAUUUUUCUUCUUCUAAAGUAAAUUUAAUGUUAACUACAUGUGUGACAUAUGUAUAUACAAAUACAGUCGUUUAUAACUGGAA